GUAAAAGCUAUAACUUGCCAGGGGAAAGUUGGAAAUGCUAUGUAGGACAAAUUUAUAGCUUAGUAGAGUAUCAUGAGGAGUCCUGUGCUGCAUCGUUCACUUGAAUCUGGUUUUUCCGACAGGACCGAAGUCCAAUUUAAUGGCCUGAAAAACCAAGGUGCCACCUGCUACUUGAACGCAGUAUUGCAAUGUCUUUUCAUGACCCAAGAAUUCAGACAUGAAGUGGAGAGUUAUGAGCCAGACCCAGCAGAAGACUGUGGUGAGGACAAUCUUUUGCUACAACUUCAGAAGCUGUUUAGACAGCUCUCUGAAAAUGUUGCCACGAGUGAAGGAAUAACCCGAUGUCUCGGUAUAAGAAAUGUUUAUGAGCAACAAGAUGCAGUGGAGUAUUAUCGGAAACUGUUAAAGACAGUGGGGACACCUGCCUCAAAGGUCUUUGAAGGGAAAAUGAGCAACAUAACUAAAUGUUGUAUAUGUGGCAAUGAAAACAAGGAAACCAACCCCUUCAUCUCAGUACUUCUGUCCAUCGAUGUUGGAAACAAUGAGAAGUAUAAUGUGGAAAAAGGUUUGGAGAUCUUCUUCAAACAUUCUAAACUAGAGGAGGAUGACUGGAUGUAUUGUGAUGAAUGUGACCAAAAAACAGAAACACACACUUGGAGUGAAAUAGAUGAGUAUCCAACUGUUCUCACUCUGCAUCUGAAGCGCUUUGACUUUGAUUACAUGCAGAUGAGAUACAUGAAAAAUGAAUGUUCACUGGAUGUUCCUCCCAGUCUACACAUUAAGGAUUAUAAAUACAAUCUUUAUGCCGUUAUUAACCAUAGGGGUGGAUACAGUGGUGGACACUACGAUGCUCUCAUCAGACCUUAUCAAAAUCAGAAAUGGUAUUGUUUUGAUGACAGCACUGUAACAGAGAUGUCAAAAUCAUCACUGCAAGACUCAAGACUACCAUACAUGCUAAUGUACAGGAAAGAAGAAACAGGUAAAGAGUUGAGACUUACCAGCAUCAUUCCGCAACAUCUGAGGAUCCUUCUGCUAGGGCCAUCAAGGUCUGGGAAAAGUACAGUAGGCAACCUCAUUCUUGGUGUGAAUUACUUUCUUUGCAAGCAUGGUUCAAAAACUGUGACCAAAGAGUCCACGAAAAAGACAGUUAAAAAUGUCACUGUAGUAGACACUCCAAAUCUCUUUUCCCUCACCCAAUCAAGCUGGGAGAAGGAAUUAAAUAGAUGCAUUGAGUUAUCCCACCCUGGCCCCAAUGUGAUUCUCUGGGUAACAAAAAUUUCCAAGUUUAGUGGUCAUCAGCAAGGUCUUUUUCAUACCAUUAAAAAACGACUAGGUUCAGGGACCACAAAACACAUGAUGGUUGUCUUCACAAAUGGCAAAGAGCUUAAAAGGCUCAGGCAACCCAUUCACACAUUCCUUUCCAAUUGUGAAAAGCUAAAAAAAGUGGUUCGUAUUUGUCAGGAUAGGUACCAUGUCAUUGACACAAGUGAUGUAAAUAGCAAUCAGAUCCCAGAGUUGGUUGACAAACUUGACAAGAUGGUGACAGAAAACAAUGGUAGCCACUGGAAAUUUUGAAGAGGCAUUGCACAAAAAAGCAAAGAAAAAAGUCCCCAAGAGGAAGUAGAGAAAGAAUAAAAUAUUAAAGGGAUAGUUCACCCAAAAAUGAGAAUUCACUCAUCAUUUACUCACCCUCAUGCCAUCCCUGAUUGAAGCUCCAAAAAUCAAAGGCAGCAUAAAAGUGUUUAAAUCCAUGUCUUCAGAAGUGAUAUGAUAGGUGUGGGUGAGAAACAGAUCAAUAUUUAAGUCCUUUUUUACUAUAAAUUUCCACCUUUGACCAGCCCCAACAAGUAGGUGCAGGACAAAAUGCAAAUUGCCAAAAAAACGAAAGUGAUAGUGGAGAUUUAUAGUAAAAAAAGGACUUAAAUAUUGAUCUGUUUCUCACCUAUACCUAUCAUAGCACUUCAGAAGACAUGGAUUUAACCACUGGAUUUGAAUGGAUUUCUUUUAUGCUGACUUAGUGUGGUUUUUGGACUUUAAAAGUUCUGGUCAACACUCUGAGAUAUGCUUUAAAAAAUCUUUGUGUUCAGCAGAUGAAAGAAAGUCAUUAACAUCUGGGAUGGCAUGAGUGAGAGUAAAUUAUGAGAAAAUUCUCAUUUUUGGGUGAACUAUCCCUUUAAGCCUGAUUUGCAUCUGUAGAUAAGAGAACAAAUAUUUAAUGUCUUGCAGACAAAAUUAAAGUGUUCAAGUGUAAUGUGUACAAACACUGACAUACUGUGAGUUAUACAGUAUAAGAAAGAUGAAAUAGUUUGAAUAUUCAGAAUCACUAAAUGUUUUUAAUUUUAUUCUGUUAUUGGGUUUCAGCUGUUAUAUUAAGUGUUUAAUGAUAAUAUUACAAUUGUGCAAUUGCCUUUGUUCCAUGUUGUGUCACUUACAUAUUCUUCAACACUACAAUUAUUCUAAUUAGUCAAUUAUAAUAGUUUAAUCUAAUACAUUUUCUUUAUUUUCCAUUGCAAUUUUUGUACAUUGUUUUAAGUGUAUAU